AGAGGAUUCGAGGGCCUGCCGGCUGCCUGCCUGCCCUAUCAUCACCAGUGCUGUGCCACAACAAGCAAAGCAAGCCAGCGUUACAGACAAGGAAGUGAGAAUGCACUGUGUGAGGUCCAGCCCUGGAGAACAGCUUCAGAUGCUUCAUUCAGAGUGACUCAAAAGGGCCAGGCAGUGAUCAGUGCUCUGGUGAGAGUCUUCUCCUCCAGCAACAUGGCAAAGCACAUGGUCCUUUCUCUCCUGUUUGCCCUCACCCUGGCAGGCUCGUCUCUUGCACAUCGAAAGAUCCUACUGUUCCUGAUUGAUGGGUUUCGCCACGACUACAUCAGUGAUGAAGCACUAGAAUCCUUGCCUGGCUUCCAAGAGAUUGUGAACAGUGGAGUGAAAGUGGAUUACCUGACUCCUGACUUCCCCAGCCUUUCCUAUCCCAACUACUACACACUGAUGACUGGUCGACACUGUGAGGUCCAUCAAAUGACUGGAAACUACAUGUGGGAUCCAACUACAAAUACUUCAUUUGACAUUGGUGUGAAUAAAGAGAGUCUGCUGCCCCUUUGGUGGAAUGGAUCAGAGCCAUUAUGGGUCACUAUGAUGAAAGCAAAGAGGAAAGUCAUUAUGUACUAUUGGCCUGGCUGUGAAGUCGAAAUCCUUGGAAUCAGACCUACCUACUGUCUACCAUAUUAUAGUGUUCCAACAGAUGUUGAUUUUUCCAAUGCGGUGCAUAAUGCUAUUACGUCUUUGAGAAGUAACAAAGCAGAUAUGGCUGCAGUGUAUUAUGAACGGAUUGAUGUAGAAGGCCAUCAUUAUGGCCCUUCUUCUCCUCAGAGGAAGAAUGCCUUAAAAGCAGUGGACACUGUAAUGCACAACAUGACCAAGCUCAUCAAGGACAAGGGCCUCCAGAAUGACCUGAAUGUCAUUAUUUUCUCGGAUCAUGGGAUGACUGACAUUAACUGGAUGGAAAAAGUGAUUGAGCUGAGAAACUGUAUCAACAUGAGUGAUGUUAUACAAGUAAAAGACCAAGGCCCUGUUGUAAGCCUGUGGCCAGCUAAAGAGAAGGAGCUUGAGGUAUAUAACAAACUGAAAAAUGUGCCGCACAUGACAGUUUACAAGAAAGAAGAUAUCCCUGCCAGAUUCUAUUACAAGAAAGGGAAAUUUGUCUCUCCUUUGACACUUGUUGCUGAAAAAGGAUGGUUCAUUGUGGAGAGCAGACAAACCCUUCCAUUUUGGGAGAACGGCACUGGAAAAAGAGAUGCCUGGCAGAAUGGAUGGCAUGGCUAUGAUAAUGAACUCAUGGAUAUGAGAGGGGUCUUCCUUGCAUAUGGGCCAGAUUUCAAGUCUAACUUCAGAGCAGCGCCAAUCAGAUCAGUCGAUGUUUAUAAUGUUAUGUGCAAAGUGGCAGGAAUACAACCACUGCCAAACAAUGGAUCCUGGUCCAGGGUGGAGUGUAUCUUAAAAAAUAAUGCCAAUUUGGCACAGUCAUUCCAGUGGAGCAGCUCUGUGCUGGCACUCAUUCUGUCUUCAUUGUUUGGUACAACAGAUUUGUUACUCUGGUCUUAACACAAUGUCAGUCAGUGUGUCUGGUGUUUUUUUCGUUUAUCAUUUGAAUUGCAGUGUUAACUGAAUGCUGUGUGAGGAAAACUACACCAAUUCAUCUUGAAAACAUUGUCUGAUUCCAGAUUUUUCUGGGCCCUCUGAAUCAAAACUUAAGCGGGCUCCUCCAUUUGGGGUGCAGCUUAGGUAUUACCAAAGACAGCAGGAGGAAACGUUUUUAAUGUAUUUGUCUUCAGAUGCACCAUCAAUCAUCAGGUGAUAUAAGCAAAUACUCAAGGCCCACCAUGUAACAAGGUCUACAUUAGGACUAGUGGUCCAAAUAGACCAAGUAACAAGGUCUACAUUAGGACUUAGUGAUUCUAUUUCCUCUUCUUUUUAACAGCCUUUCUGGUCUUGCAUUCUGAGAUGAUCCAGGAAAAAACUCUAUGUGGUGACUAGGAUAACCAUCAUCACUGACUAAGGCUAUUCUCCAGUUACCUCUCUCUACAUACACCGACCAUUUUUUGAAAUUAUUAAUGCUUUGUUUGUCUAUUGUAUUCUCUGGCAUUUCUGCUUUAAGCUGAAGGCAUUGAUGUCUGACACUUCAGUUGGUAAAUUUACCUAGGGGAAAUGUCUCAUUGAUCUAAACAAACUAAACUACAAUGGGAAUGAGUUUCAGAGAAAUAUGUGUUGGGAUUCAGGAGGCUUUUCACACAGGGCUUUUAUUGCGAAUCCACUCCUGGUUAGAGUGUGACAGUCCACGUAUUCUCUGGAUUUAGCCCAACCUCCCUGCGGGCUAUCAGGGACCAGACAGGACUUUGAUUUUCCCCAAAUGGAGGCUGCGAAUUCUGGCUUAGCCCAAAGUACGCCUGGUUAAAAGAAAUCCUUGUUUCAGAGGCUUUUGAAAAACAACCCAGGGCUUGUGUUAUGCCCCAAAUAUUUCUUUGUUUUGUUUGGAGUAGUCAUGCUAGUAAAUUGGGUUGUUUUUUUACAAAACUCAGUGAAGGGGAGUUUGACAGUUGUUUGGGGUAUGGUCUGCUCUAAGUGAUUUGCAAUUGCUAGGGCGGGUGAGGGAUGUGUUGUUUUAGAUUGGUGAUACUCUGUUGAGGGAGGGGAAGGGAGAAAUUCCUGAGUUAAACACAAGCACAGACUGCCAAAUGUGUGUCUUGCUAUGUUUUACAUAGGCUUGAGAUAUGCAGUAUGGAUGGAACCUGACUGAGCCAUUUGUUGUCUAGGCUGAUUCAAUUAGGUGUGUGUGAGGAGUAAACAUUAUGUGAUGAAGGCAGUCACUCACAAAGGCAGGGGUUAAGCGUCCUGUUGUUAGUUUGAUCCAGAUGUUUGACAAACAGUCUUGCUCUUAACUAUUUAAAAAAGAAGCUCUCUCACCUCUUCUUCUGUGUUGGAGGGAAAACCCGGACUAGGUAGAUGCGAACGCACAGGAAAAAGAUCUGCCAGGGAUUGUGUGGAGGGGUCAAUAGCUAUGUGAACUGUCAAACUAAUCCCCCAAAGUAAACAUCUUGUGAAGCAGAUUCACUCUUCAGAUACCCCAAGGCAUAAAGCCAUGUGUGAAAAACCUCCAGGUGUCAGUUUUCACGACAUUUCCAGGCUCCUGCCCCAUGGAAACAAGCAGAAAAGCUGCUCCGUUUCACUGACAACUUGCCCCGCUUCAUUCCUAUUCUAUUAUGUUAAUACUGUAGACUUGUAUGGUUUAUUUAGAUUUAAAACAUAUGUUCAGUUUGGAAUAAAAGAGAAUCUCUACUUUGGGGUCUCAUUUAACCCAAUUUAAAAUGUGUUCCCAAUUUUGCCCGAUGCCAGGUAAUGCCAUGUAAUAAGCACUCUCCUAUAUACAGACCGUUCAGAUAAAUACAGUUAUAUUAUAUGUAGAAAAGGGGCCGAUAUUAAGCUCUUUCACUCUUUUAAAAGGAGGCAAGAGUGUUUAUGCUCAGCAUAACUGCUAGAGCAAUAUUUAACUCCAAGAGCCUGAAAUCCCCACUUUGCAAACAUUCGUGGUGUGGAUUUUAAAAACAGCUUUUUGAAAAAUCAUAUGAAAAGUAAACUUCUAAAGAUUAAUAAGCUCUAAGACCUCAAAUACAGCACACCCUUGGCUAAUUUGAUAAAAAGAUGUUUUAUGGAUAAGUACUAUGCGUGAGCAUCUGCAUGGCUCUCACACAUAUACAGAUAUUAAACCUGACAGAAGAGUCUGUAAUAACUGGUAAAUAUUUAUGCAAUUUUUUUAGAGCUCAAGUGAACCAUCAAAUCAAUUGGAAGGGGCAGGGGGGGAGGGAAGAAAGACCGUCUUUUAUUAGACUAUUGAGCAUAAAAGGCAAUUUAGUUCUUUCUAAGCAUUUGCAGUAGCUGGGAAACAGGCGUCUAUUGUUUAGAGGUCUGUGCUGCUCAUUAAUAGACCAGGCUUUUUGAAUUCUUUGGAGCACUCCCCCCGCCACUGAAAAAUAAAAUCAUCAUUCAAAACCAUCAUUAUGUUACUGAAUUUCAAGGCUCAAUUCUAAAACCAACAGAAUAUGGAAAUAGUACGAUACGUGGUAUUGCAAGCCGUUUCAGUAUCCUUCUCUCCAUCUUGCAUCACCUUGGAUUCUAAAGAUAUUUACUGUGCAAUCCUAUGUGAGUUCACUCAGAAACAAGUCUCUACUGAGUUUAAUGGGGCUUACUCUCAAGUAAAUGUGCAUGGGAUUGCAGUUUAGGCAUAUGCCACCUUUAAAGGGCAAAUUUAGACUAGAACUCUAUUCAUUACUGCUGUUCAGUAAUCCCUGUUUGCAUCAGUGAAAGUAUCUUUAACUGAACCAUCCUUGUAUGUAUAUGGAAAAUAAGUGCCUUUAUUGAAUGAUGCUUAGCCUCUUGUGCAGUUAUUGUGGGGCAGUUUUCAAGAUGCAUCCAGUUUAAUGGGGGGCUUUGUGUAAAUUAUAUACAGCACAAUACCUCAUUAAUCCCCCCCCCCCCCAAUAAUCAGGCACUCAUAUCAGGAAAACAGAGAAGUAGCUGUCCUUGAGGCUGACCAGCUUUGGAGUACAGAAGUUUAAUUAUAUGUGAUCAGUAUUGUUUGGGUCUUUGUUUUUAUUCAUAUUAUGAUUUAAACAGUCAAGUAUUUGUACUUUUAACAGUCUAAUCUGUAUAGACUGCAAAUGGAUGCAUACUAGGGAUGGGGGUGUGGUUAUAGCUGGACUAAGUGAUACUUGUAGCAGUAUCUAAAUGAUACUUGUAGCAGCAGACAAACUGUGAAAGAUUUAAUAACCCUGUGACCAUGGCAAGAUUUGUAUAUACUAAAAACUACCCAACAGCUUGGUUGUUUGCUAUAUAAAGGCAAGAAGCUUGGCCUACUUUUCAGUAGCAGAGUUGCCAACUUUUAAUUCAUGGAUGGUCCAAAUAGGCCCUUUUAAAAUUCAUGGUUGGAGCCAGAUAGGAGACAGGGUCUGGUAGAUUUCAGAGGGUCAUGGGGUACUAGCAAAAACGUUCUGUUUACCCCCAUGACUGCUCCUGACAGGUACAAUAGAAUUAGCAUGUGUUUGGUUCUAGCUCAGGUUGGACAAGCCACCCAGAGAAGCAGGUACGUGAACAAUCCCCACAGCUGUCACUGCAUUGCUCAGGUGCUCUCUCUUUUCUCUUCUGGCCUUCUGCUACCCAUCUUCCCUUGGCCCAAUGGUGCUUGUGAAGUGUGGUCACUAUGGAAGAACCACACACAUGUAUCCAACAGUCUUAUAUGCAACCAAAGACAAAAUGCUCUGCUAAGGACUCAGCACACACACAAAAGCAUGCACACUAACAUAAAAAUGUGGUAAGCUAACUUUUACUCAAAAACGCUAGCCAAGUGACCAAAAUUGCCAACAUGAGCAUAAGUAACUCUGGUUUCUGGCUCUAUUGAUACUGUAUCCCACCCCCACCCCACACUCCACUCCUCUACCCCCCCCCCACACACACACUGGUUGGCAGCCCUGCUAAGUAUAACAGAAAUCCUGAACAGUGUUGGAGGCUUAUUCUGAUUAAUGAUCAGAUUAAUGAAUGACAGCACUGGUUCAUUCUCAAAAUGGGAUGUAUGGUUAGAAAUGGGGAAGCAAUAUUUACAAUAAAAGUU